AUGGCAGGACAAUUGCCUAUUAAAUUUCAAGAACAUCUACAAUUACAAAGUGUCGGUAUCAAUGUUACAAAUAUUGGUUUCAGUUCCCUUACGAUGGAAUCCGAUAAAUUUAUAUGCGUUCGCGAGAAAGUUAAUGAUACAGCCUUUGUUAUUAUUAUUGAUAUGGCCGAUCCAACGAAUCCAAUUAAGCGACCUAUUACAGCAGAUUCAGCCAUCAUGAAUCCAACAAGUAAAGUCAUUGCAUUAAAAGCUGGUAAAACAUUACAAAUUUUUAAUAUUGAAUUACGUAGUCGAAUGAAAACAUAUACUAUGACAGAAGAUUGUAUAUUUUGGAAAUGGGUUAGUGUUAAUACCAUUGGUAUUGUUACAGAAACAUCAGUUUAUCAUUGGACUACGGAAGGUGAUAGUCAACCCGUUAAAAUGUUUGAUCGUCAUCAAAGUUUACUUGGUUGUCAAAUAAUUAACUAUCGUACUGAUGAAUCUUUGCAAUGGCUUCUUGUUAAUGGUAUUCAAGCUCAAGAAGGUCGUGUUGUUGGUCGUAUGCAACUCUAUUCAGUUGAACGUAAAGUUUCCCAGCCAAUUGAAGGGCAUGCAGCUGCAUUUACACAAUUUAAACUUGAAGCAAAUAAAAAAACAUCAACACUUUUUUCAUUUGCUGUUCGGGGUCCACAAGGAGGAAAACUUCAUAUUAUUGAAGUUGGAACACCAGCACCAGAUAAUCAAGCAUUUCAAAAGAAAGCCAUCGAUGUUCAAUUUCCAGCUGAAGCACCAAAUGAUUUUCCUGUUGCUAUGCAAACAUCAGCUAAACAUGGUGUCAUUUUUUUGGUUACAAAAUAUGGUUAUGUACACAUGUUUGAUAUUGAAAGUGGAACACUGAUCUACAUGAAUCGUAUUAGUGCUGAGACAAUGUUUGUUACAGCACCCUAUGAACCAACAUCAGGCAUUAUUGCUGUUAAUCGUAAAGGACAAGUUCUUUCAGUUAGUGUUGAUGAAGAAAAUGUUGUUUCAUAUGUUCAAAAUACAUUAGGCAACGCUGAACUUGCUUAUAAAAUGUCAGCACGAUGUAAUUUACCGGGCGCUGAUCAAUUAUUUCUUGCACGAUUUGCACAAUUGUUUCAAAGUGGAAAUUAUGGUGAAGCAGCUAAGGUUGCUGCUACAGCUCCACGAGGAAUUCUUCGUACUCAACAAACAAUUCAACAAUUUCAAACGGUACCAGCACAACCAAAUCAACCAUCACCGUUACUUCAAUAUUUCGGUAUUUUAUUGGAAUCCAGUAAAUUAAACAAAGAAGAAUCAAUUGAACUCUGCAAACCAGUCGUAGGACAAGGCAAAAAACAAUUAUUAGAAAAAUGGUUAAAAGAAGAUAAACUUGAAUGUAGCGAACAAUUAGGUGAUCUUGUUAAAUCAAUUGAUCCAACAUUAGCAUUAUCAGUUUAUUUACGUGCCAAUAUUCCAAUGAAGGUCAUACAAUGCUUUGCUGAAACAGGACAAUAUCAGAAGAUCGUUCUCUAUGCCAAAAAAGUUAAUUAUCAACCUGAUUAUAUUUAUCUUUUACGAAGUAUAAUGAGAAUCAAUCCCGAUCAGGGCGUUCAAUUUGCACAAUUACUUGUUCAAGAUAACGAACCAUUGGCUGAUUUAACACAAGUUGUUGAUGUUUUUGUCGAACAAAAUCUCACUCAACAAUGUACAGCAUUUUUACUUGAGGCUUUAAAAAAUAAUCGAGAAGAUCAAGGGCAUUUACAAACGCGUCUAUUAGAGAUGAAUUUAAUGCAAGCACCACAAGUUGCUGAUGCUAUCUUGGGUAAUAAUAUGUUUUCACAUUAUGAUCGACCACAUAUUGCAAAAUUGUGCGAAAACGCUGGUUUGCUUCAACGUGCACUUGAACAUUAUACAGAUACUUAUGAUAUUAAACGAGCCGUCGUACAUACACAUAUGCUUAAUCCAGAAUGGCUUGUCAAUUAUUUUGGUCGAUUAUCAGUUGAUGAUUGUGUUGAAUGCUUAAGAGCAAUGCUUCAAGCAAACAUUCGUCAAAAUUUACAAGUUGUUGUGCAAAUUGCAACGAAAUAUCAUGAACAACUUGGAACACAAAAACUUAUUGAUUUAUUUGAAUCAUUCAAAAGCUAUGAAGGUCUAUUCUAUUUUCUUGGUUCAAUCGUUAAUUUUAGUCAAGAGCCAGACGUCCAUUUUAAAUACAUUCAAGCAGCAUGUAAAACCGGUCAGAUAAAAGAAGUUGAACGUAUUUGUCGAGAAUCAAAUUGCUAUGAUUCUGAACGCGUUAAGAAUUUCUUAAAAGAAGCGAAAUUAACAGAUCAAUUACCAUUAAUUAUUGUUUGCGAUCGAUUUAAUUAUGUUCAUGAUCUAGUUCUUUAUUUAUAUCGCAAUAAUUUAAUGAAAAAUAUUGAAAUUUAUGUCCAACGAGUUAAUUCAGGUCGUUUACCAGUAGUUGUUGGUGGUCUACUUGAUGUUGAUUGCAGUGAAGAUAAUAUUAAACAAUUAAUUCUUUCUGUACGUGGAAAUUUUAAUGUUGAUGAACUUGUUGAAGAAGUUGAAAAAAGAAAUCGAACAAAAUUACUUUUACCAUGGCUUGAAACACGUGUUCAUGAUGGCAGUACAGAUCCAGGUGUUCAUAAUGCAUUAGCUAAAAUUUAUAUUGAUUCCAAUAGCAAUCCAGAAAAAUUUCUUCGAGAAAAUACUUAUUAUGAUAGUCGUGUGGUUGGAAAAUAUUGUGAAAAACGAGAUCCACAUUUAGCUUGCGUUUCUUAUGAACGCGGUGGUUGCGAUAUUGAACUUGUCACAGUUUGCAAUGAAAACUCUUUAUUUAAAAGCGAAGCACGUUAUUUGGUACGCCGUAAGGAUCCAGUUUUAUGGGAACAGGUUCUACGUGAAGAUAACCAAUAUCGGCGACCAUUAAUCGAUCAAGUUAUUCAAACAGCUUUAGCUGAAACUCAAGAUCCAGAAGAAAUAUCAGUUACAGUUAAAGCAUUUAUGACUGCUGAUUUGCCAAAUAAUUUAAUUGAAUUAUUAGAAAAAAUUGUUAUUGACAAUUCAGUAUUUAGUGAACAUCGCAAUUUACAAAAUUUACUUAUUUUAACGGCUAUCAAAGCUGAUCGUUCACGUGUCAUGGAUUAUAUCAAUCGUUUAGAGAAUUAUGAUGCACCAGAUAUAGCUAAUAUUGCAAUUAGUAAUCAAUUAUUUGAAGAAGCUUUUUCGAUUUAUAAAAAGUUUGAAGUUGCUACAUCAGCCAUUCAAGUCCUUAUUGAUCAUAUUAAAAACUUAGAUCGAGCUUAUGAAUUUGCUGAACGCUGCAAUGAUCCUAGUGUAUGGAGCUUAUUGGCUAAUGCGCAAAUACGUCAAGGUUUAGUUAAAGAAGCAAUUGAUUCAUUUAUUAAAGCUGAUGAUCCAACAUCGUAUCUUGAAGUUGUUAAUGUUGCAACACAGAAUAACAACUGGGAAGAUUUAGUUCGCUACUUACAAAUGGCUCGUAAGAAAGCACGAGAAACAUUCGUUGAAACUGAAUUAGCAUUUGCUUAUGCAAAAACAAAUCGUCUUGCUGAACUUGAAGAAUUUAUUUCAGCACCAAAUCAUGCACAAAUUCAAACAGUUGGUGAUCGAUGUUUCGAACAAGAAAUGUAUGAGGCUUCUAAAAUUCUUUAUAAUAAUAUAUCAAACUAUGCAAAAUUAGCUGUUACCUUAUGUCAUUUGGGUGAUUAUCAAGGUGCAGUUGAUGGUGCACGUAAAGCAAAUUCAACCAAAACAUGGAAAGAAAUUUGUUUCGCAUGCAUCGACAAACAAGAAUUUCGUUUGGCACAAAUGUGUGGUAUUCAAAUUGUUGUACAAGCUGAAGAACUUGAAGAAUUAAUAAAUUAUUAUCAAAAUCGUGGUUAUUUUGAAGAAUUAAUUCAACUACUUGAAGCUGCACUUGGUCAUGAACGUGCACAUAUUGGAAUGUUCACUGAAUUAGCUAUACUCUAUUCCAAAUAUAAACCACAGAAAAUGCGUGAACAUUUAGAAUUAUUCUGGUCACGAGUUCGAAAACCAAAAGUUUUGCGUGCAUGCGAACAAGCACAUCUCUGGUCAGAACUCGUAUUUCUUUAUGAUAAAUAUGAAGAAUUCGAUAAUGCAAUAUUAACAAUGAUGUCACAUCCAUCGGAAGCAUGGCGUGAAAAUCAUUAUAAAGAUAUUAUUAGUAAAGUCGCAAAUAUUGAAUUAUAUUAUAAAUCAAUUGAUUUUUAUUUGGAAUUUAAACCAAUGUUAUUGAAUGAUUUACUUUUGGUUUUAUCACCACGUCUUGAUCAUACACGUGCAGUGAACUACUUUAUCAAAGUUAAACAACUUCCAUUAGUUAAACCAUAUUUACGUUCAGUACAAAAUAUUAAUAAUAAAGCUAUUAAUGAAGCACUUAAUAAUCUAUUAAUUGAAGAAGAAGAUUAUCAAGGUUUAAGAAAUUCAAUUGAUGCUUAUGAUAAUUUUGACAAUAUCGCAUUAGCACAACGUCUUGAAAAACAUGAAUUAAUUGAAUUUCGUCGUAUUGCUGCUUAUCUUUAUAAAGGCAAUAACCGAUGGAAACAAGCAGUAGAACUAUGCAAAAAAGAUCGAUUAUAUAAGGAUUCAAUGACUUAUGCAUCAGAAUCACGACUAAUUGAUAUAGCUGAAGAUUUAAUAUCCUGGUUUCUUGAUGAAAAAUUAUAUGAAUGUUUUGGUGCAUGUUUAUUCCAAUGUUACGAUCUCUUACGACCUGAUGUUAUUUUGGAACUUUCAUGGCGUCAUGAUAUAAUGAGCUUUGCAAUGCCUUACAUGAUUCAAGUUAUACGAGAAUAUAUUACAAAAGUUGAUAAACUUGAACAAUCUGAUCAACUUCGUACAGAAAACGAAACAGCUAAUGAACAGAAACCUAUUGAUUUUAACUCACAAGGCCCAUUAAUGAUUACGGGACCUGGUAUGAGUGCUUUUCCACAAGCAGGUUUUGGUGUUGCUUCUUAUCCACAAUACAGUGGCGCACCAGGGCAUUGA